UAAAGAAGGCGGUUCUGGACAUGCCCUCCAUCCUCUCCUCCACCUCUUUCCCUUCAUCUACAUCAUAUCCCUCUUCUGUCACAUUUCUUGUACUGUCAUCUUCCUCCUCCUCAUCAGAGGUUGGGUUACCAAUCAGAGGUCAGAGUGAGGGUGUAAGUGCACGAUGAAAGGCUGGAGGGUAAUCUUCCUCUGGUGCUCCAGUCCGUGAACUGCCCGUGCAGGAAAACAUCCUGGGUGGACGAGGAGUUCGGGGACAGACUUCGAGGACUCGAAGAGCACAUUCUGACAGCAGUCUCUCGUUGGUGAAUAUUACAAAAACCUUUCCCAAGCUGAAAAAAAAAUUUCGUAUAAUUUUAACACAAAAGAAGUUUGUUUUAUUCAACAAAAACAGCUGUAAUAGUUGUGGUGAGUUGUGUUAUCGUUGUUAAAAACGCAGCAUUAGCUUGAGUGUUUUUCCUCCCGGUUUUCGGUGUUCUAUAAAUUCAUCCUACCCGUGAAUCCGUCCCACAAACCCUCACUGCGCAAACUAAAGUUUCUGCAUCUUUUGUGAAAUGCCCACAAAUCCAUGCUACUACUAGUGGGAUCUUGUGAUUCGUGUACAAUCUUCCGGUGAGAAUAUAAUGCUUUUUUUCUUGUUUGUGUGAUUUUAUGUUAACCUUGAUUGUACAUACAAUGUUACUUUAACAGUCUAUGAACAUAUAAGUAUAUUUCAAGACAGAAUUAAGUACCAACACAAGCGUUAUACAUUUUCUAUGCUAGUUAAGCUAAUGCUGCAUUUUUAUACAAAUAAUUAUUAACCAUUUAACUAGCUAGCCAACUAGUUUUCAUGGCAGUGAAAACACCUAGACUCUUUGGUAAAGAUCAAUGCACCGAGAAUAAGAUAUAGGUAAUAUGAGUACUGGAUGCCAAGCAAAUUCUAAUAUGAUUCUUAAGUGUUCAUAUGAUUCUGUAGAUAAUGGGAAGAUUAAGUAAAACUCAAUAUAAAUGGUCAGGGUUAAUUUUGACUUUGUGGACACUCAAUAGAUUAUUUUGUAUUUGUUGCUAAAUUGCUUGAUUUUUUUCAUAACCACUAAUUCAUCUUUUUUUCUUCACAGAAAUGGAGAAAAAACGGAGGGAGAUUUAUGAUUUUCUUUCUGUGGGAUCAUUUUAAAAAUGAAGAUGGAGAACUUCCUUAUGGAAUAACGAGCAAAGAAGGAUGCCAGUUCAAUCUUCAGUGAGUUCCAUUCAUCACCUCUGGGUGGGCACACUGGUAUCAACAAGACACGGAAUGCCAUAUGUUCCAGGUUCUACUGCUAUGGCAUGUAGGUGGACAUUGAAAACUGGUGUGCGUAAGCAGGUGGUGAACAUCCCAUCCUUCGUGGUGCGUCUGGACAGUCAGAAGCACAUCGACUUCUCCCUGCGCUCUCCGUACGGUGGAGGACGUCCCGGCCGCGUCAAGAGAAAGAACGCUAAGAAGGGCCAGGGCGGAGCUGGAGGAGGAGACGACGAGGAGGAGGAUUAAACCCAAUCAGUACACAGGAGAUGGAUUCUGCUGUCUGAUCUCUCUCUCUGAUUAUUUUCAAUAAAAACAGAAUUUUCUGUCCCA